AUGUUCAACACCACCUUUACCUCUAUAUCUUAUGUGGCUCUAGCACUGGCGAGUGGCUCAUUCGCUAUCAAUGCAAAACGUGGUCUGGCGUUUGCUGAUUCUAACAAUGCUGGUGAUAUCGCUGUCGCCAAUAACGCCCAGGUCUCUUGGGUAUAUGACUGGGGCAGUACCGCGCCGAGCUAUCUGGAAAACACAGGCAUGAACUACAUUCCCAUGCAAUGGGGUGCAGACGAUGCCGAGAAUUUUGCGGCUGCGGUGCUGGCUCAAAAAGCAAAGACAAUCUUAGGUUUCAACGAACCUGACCUUUGUUCCCAGUCGAAUAUUACACCUGUGGCUGCCGCGUCAUUGUGGAUGCAGUACAUACAACCUCUGAAGAAAAACGACGUCCGGCUCGGUGGCCCGGCUGUGUCCAAUGGACCAUCAGGAACCCCCUGGUUAUCUCAGUUCUUGGGAAACUGCACUGAAUGCACGUUUGAUUUCAUACCUCUUCAUUGGUACGGUGAAGGCCUUAACAAUUUUAAAAACUACGUCUGGUCGUUCCAUGGCAAAUUCUCUUCCUGUCCAUUGUGGGUUACGGAAUUUGCAUCUACUUCUUCGAAUGUUAGUGAGGUGGAAGACUUUGGCAUUCAAGCAACAAAUUUUCUUGAUGGGCUGGAUUGGAUUGGAGGGUAUGCCUGGUUCGCAUUCUACGUAAGUAUGAUCGGACACGUUUUCCGCAGAACAUGA